CCCCUGGGGUCUCCAGGCUCCCCUGGGGCAGUGGACCCAGAAUGAGGUUUCCCUGACGAGCCUGAGACAACAUGUUCCUCCUUCCCAGGACCUGGCCCGAAGGGAAGAGAGGGGCCAAGCUGAGCCUACCACCCAGAGGCCCUGUCAACUGCCAUCCAGGAGCCAAAGGGGGAGAAAGCUCACUCAGGGAGCCCCAGGGCCCUCAGGCCUGCCCUCUCAGAGCCUGCCCGAACCCCAAGAUCCUCCUGAGGGGCUAGGCUGGAGUCUGGGCCAGGAGAGAGCAGAACUUCAGAAACUGCUGAGGAUUGAGAUUCCUCAGAGUGAGAGAGAGGAGGACCCUCAGGAACAGAAAGAAGAGACCCCCCAGGGUCAGAAAGGGGAAGCGCCUCCGGGGGAGAACAAAGAAGUUCCUCGGAGUCAGAGAGAGAAGACACACCAGGGUCAGAGUGGGGAGCUGUCUCAGGUUCUGAGGGUGGAGGUCUCAGAGGGUCAGAGGUGGGAGGCCCCCCAGGGUGAGAACAAAGAGGCUUCUCAAGGUCAAAGAGGAAAUCACCCUAAGUGCCAGAGAAACGGGGCCCUUGUGGAGCCGACUAAGGAGACUCCUCAGGGCCGGGAAGCAAAGAUCCUUCAGUCUGCCGAGGACGGAGGCCUUACCUCACAAGGCUGGGAGGGGGCUCAGAGAAAGGCAUCCACACAACCCCGGGAGGAAGGCGACUCCCUGGGAGUUCCGGGGGACUUCUGCAGGUCCCUGGGGGAACAGAUGCCAAAGCCUGGGGAAAGGGAGAGGCCAGGCUCCCGGGGAAGGAGCGCCCAGCUGAUGCAGCGUAAGACCAACGGCCAGAGACCAGAGUCGGCACCGGCCGCGGGAGAGCAGAGGGCCGCCAGGGACGGGGCGCGGGCUCCCCUUCCAUCCCUGAGGCCCCCGGCCCGGCCGCUGCCCCCAGGCCCAGGAGCCGUGAUGCUAGCGGCCCCCGGCCCCGGGGGCCCUGAUCAGCAGGAGCGCGAUCCGCACGGGUUGCAGCACCCGGGAGGAGGCCGCGGCCCGGCGGCGCAGGAGCUGGGCGAGGCGAGGGGGCUGCCGGCGGGCGGCUGCGCGGGGCUGUCGGGCGCCCCUGGGGAGCGGAGGAGCGGCGAAGAGGCCCCCAAGGCCUCGAAGGCUGCGUGGCCCGCGCCCCCGGGCAGGGAGCAGGCGGCGGCGAGCGUGAGCGCCGCGCAGCAGGAGACUGCUCUGCAGCGCCUGCUGGAGCUGCACCGCGAGGCCCGGCGCCGGCGACGGCAGGACCGCGAGCAGCAGCACCUCCGGGUGCGUCCCCGGGCCGGGCGGGCCCGCUGGAAGCCGGGGCGCCGAGGGGCGGGCGACGGGCCGGCCACUGACCGCCGCCUCCCUCAGGUCCUGGAGCGCCUCCGCAUCGCCAGGAACCGCCACUGCCGGGUUCACCCGCUGGGGCCUCCACCCAGCCCGGCUCCGCUCCUGCCGCAGGCAAGACCUCCCGGGGGAAGGCGCUGGGGCCACAACCAGCUUGCCCCGGCGGGGGCGGGGCCGAGCUGGGGGCGACCCGGGUCCCUUUGAAGUGGGUGCCCCGCGCACCUGCUACGACACCUAAGGAGCGCAGGAGGGGCGGGUCUGCCCGGGUGCCGCCCCUUGGUGGCUCCAGCGAGCCGGGGGGCUGGGAGGUGAGGGCGCUCAGCGCCCGGCACCGCCCCAGGAGGACGCAGCGGGGCAGCGGCGCGCCCUUCGGGAGCAGCUGGAACAGGUGCACCGGGAGAGGACCGGGCGACUGCGGGCCCUCAGGGCCAGGAACACCCAGAACUUCCAGCAGCUACUGUGGUCCCCUGGCGCUGAGGAGCCUGCCCCUGGAGAGUCGCGCUCACCCUUCCCCGCCCCCUCUAGCCAUUGCUGAAUCCUCAAGGGGAUGAUUAAAGAGAUGGCGGUUAAGGAAAUAGCAAAAGGAAACCUGCAGGUCAGCAAGUGCCGUGGGUGGUGGUUUCAGAAAGGCCCAUAAUGCAGCCUCAGGGCCUGGGAGAGCCGCAGACACACAGACACACAGACACACACACAGCAGCUUCGCCCCACCAGGAGGCGUCGUAUUUCCUCUUCCCUCCCCUAAGCCCACUGUCUGGCCCAAGGUCAGAGGGCUAGGUCCCGGGGGUCAAGCAGUGCGAAGGCCCCGUUCUUGCGGAAGAAGGAUUCAAUGCGGCACGUCUUGCAGGAGACCAUUUCUUGCUUCACUGGGGGCCCUGGGAAAAGAUGUCAGAGGCCAGGAAUGGGUUCCUGGGAAAGGGAGCCCUGCCUGCAUAGCCCUAGGAAUCUGCCCAUGUUGUAUACUUUGUACAUGUAAAGAAAUAAAAAGUACUUCUGAGGAGUGGGGCUAUGAGAAAA